GACGAUUACAAAGUCGCUUCUUGUUGGGGGAUGUGUGGCUCAGGCACGAAACAUACCUUAAGUAAGGUCGACAAACCGCCUGGAAUCCGCUGGAUGCUGGAUUUAACCAAGAGCUAUUGGCAGAUUCCCUUCUCUCCAGAGUCUAAGGAAAAGUCGGCUUUCUCCACUCUGUAAAGGUUGUACCAAUUUGUCACCCUUCCUUCGGGGCCCCGAUACUUUCCAAUGUCUCAUGGACCGGGUUCUGCGGCCCCCACUCUGCAUAUGCUGUGGUCCACUUAGAUGAGAUCCGGUCCAGUGGAUGGAGCGGUGCCAGCAGGCAGUUGAGAGGCCAAUAUAUUGGGGGAUUCAGACUCAUGUCCUGCUGUUUGUGAGUGCUCUGAGUGGAAGACCUACACAAUUUCAUGCUUUUAUAUUGAUGCAAUGCCUACAUUUCCUGCAAGCACAGAAAUGCUAUGGCUACUGGAGACACGUCUGGCUACAGUUCCACGUGAUGCCUUUAUGAACAUGGUCAACAUUUCAGAGAUAUACAUAUAUGGGGAUGUGAUAUUGAAAAGGCUGGAGAAGCACUCAUUUUACAACUUAAUGAAAGUCACCCACAUAGAAGUACGGAAUACCAGGAGUUUGGCUUACAUUGACUCAGAGGCAUUUAAGGAUCUACCAAAUCUGAAGUACUUGGGGAUUUUCAAUACCGGACUUUCAGUAUUCCCUGACCUGACCAAGAUCAACUCUGAUGAUAUGAACUUCAUACUUGAAAUUGCUGAUCACCCCUACAUCACAACAAUACCAGCCAACUCCUUCCAUGGCCUUACCAACAAUGUCCUGACUGUGAUGUUGUACAGCAAUGGUUUUACUGAAAUCAAGCCGUAUGCCUUCAAUGGGACGAAACUGAAAGCUGUCUACCUCCACAGAAAUGAGCUCUUGAACAGAAUUGAUGAGAUGGGGUUUGCCGGCGUAAUGAAUGGACCAUUGCUUCUCGAUGUUUCCCAUUCACACGUGACCUCUUUACCAACAAUUGGUCUGGAGUCCCUCCAGGAACUCAUGGCAAGAAACACAUGGACCCUGAAGAAACUACCGCCAGUAAUGACCUUUCAACAUCUAUUGAAAGUAGAUGUCACCUACCCAAGUCAUUGCUGUGGAUUUAAGGACUUAAAGAAAAAGAAAGGAUAUUUUGAAUAUGCCAUUUGCAACCUAACCAGCUCCAACCAAUAUCAGAAGGACUCAGUGAGUGAUUAUAAAGUUAUCUCCCAAAACUACAGAGAGAGCGAUGCUGAAAAUAUGAAGAAUGUAUUCAAGGAGGACUAUGAUUUCCAUGGCGACCUGCAUUACCAAAGUUGGGUAAAAAACCUGGGUUUUGGGGAUACCCUGCAGGCCAUGCAAGAAGACCCCAGCCAGUACUUUGACAGCAUCUAUGACUACACAAUGUGUGAGGAGACCAAAUAUGUUACCUGCUCUCCUGUCCCAGAUGCAUUCAACCCCUGUGAGGACAUCACAGGCUACAGCUUCCUGCGUGUAUCUGUUUGGUUCAUAAGCCUAGUGACCAUCCUGGGGAACCUGUUCGUCUUGCUCAUCCUGUUCACCAGCCACUAUAAGUUAUCUGUCUCACGCUUCUUAAUGUGUAAUUUGGCCUUUGCAGACCUGUGCAUGGGGAUAUAUCUCAUUAUUAUCGCUUCAGUUGACCUCUAUACAAGGUCUGAGUACUAUAACUAUGCCAUAGACUGGCAGAUGAGCCCAGGUUGCAGCUUAGCUGGCUUCUUGACAGUCUUUGCUAGUGAGUUGUCUGUGUACACACUGACUGUCAUAACAGUGGAGCGCUGGUAUACCAUCACUUUUGCAAUGCGUUUGGACUGCAGGCUACGACUCCUCCAUGUUUCCUUUGUUAUGUUGGGAGGCUGGAUCUUUUGCUUCCUGCUGGCCCUGCUACCCUUGGUGGGCAUCAGCAGCUACCAGAAGGUCAGCAUCUGCCUGCCCAUGGACACCAACUCUACAUUAGCCAAGGUCUACAUUGUUUCCAUCCUGUCCCUCAACAUUUUUGCGUUUAUGGUCAUUUGCACAUGCUACAUCAGGAUCUACUGCAUGGUGCAGAACCCUCACUGCAGCUACAGAAGCGAUGAUACCGUUAUUGCCAAACGUAUGGCCAUCCUUAUCUUCACAGAUUUCCUCUGCAUGGCACCCAUCUCCUUCUUUGUAUUGUCAGCUGUGCUUUACAAGCCCCUCAUCACGGUCUCCAACUCCAAGAUUCUACUGGUCCUCCUUUAUCCUCUCAAUUCCUGUGCCAACCCUUUCCUCUACGCAAUCUUUACCAAGGCCUUCCAUGGCGAUGUCAUCAUCCUGCUCAGCAAGUUUGGAUUCUGCAAGCAACAAGCUCAGUACUUCCGUGGCCAGUAUGUGUCUGCUAAGAGCAGCAGUGACUGCCAUGUGAAGCAGCAGAGGAAGAACACAAAACAGGUGUUCAUCUACCUGCAGGAUCGCUCCACCUUUACAUCACAAAGCAACAGUAAGAUGUGUUGAUGGUCCCCACUUUUUUGUUUUAAGUUUUAUUAAAUGCUUUAUCACUUGCAUUGUCUAAUAUGUCCCAAUUAAGCUGGUAAAAAUACAAAAUCUGUAAAACAUAAUGAAACAUUUGUUCCAAGAAAAAGUCACCGGACAAAGCAAUCCAGUUCAAUUUGUCUCCAGAUCUGCUGUAGUUCGAGAUUUCAGUUAAUGCAGCCAAUCAUCUACUAUAGUACCCUCCAAAAGUAUGGGAAUGUUAGAGAGAAAUUAGCUUUUGUUAUGUACUAAAGGCAUUUGGAUUGUAGUUCAAAAGAUGAAAAUGUGACGGAAGUACCUACAAUCACCUUUUAUUUCAUGGCAUUUACAUGCAUAUGUUUUAUUACCAUUUUACACAAACCGCUAUUUUUGUGUGUCCCCCCCAUUUUCAGCUGUGAAAAGUAAGUUAACAGAUGACCGACAGGUGUUAACUGUUGCUCAGGUGUUUGAUUUGGCAUGGAAUGUUCACACAUGAAAGAACAGCGAGUGUCUAGUAUUUAGGCUUUGUGUACUUCUUUGGAGAUUGCAUUUCGAGCCAGAAGGCAUACACCAACAUGAAGACUAACUAUGUCUGAAAAACAACUAAUCUGUAAGCUGAGAGGACAGAAACAUUAAUUUAGAAGGCUAUUCGAGUCUUGAUUUUAGGAUUUGUGUACUUCUGUGGAGUUUAUGUUUCGAGCCAGAAGGCAUACACCAACAUGAGGACUAACUAUGUCUGAAAAACAACGAAUCUGUAAGUUGAGAGGACAGAAGCAUUCGUUUAGAAGGACAGCACCGGAGCUGGGUAUAUCAGGUACAGCAGUUUGGAAAGUCUUGAAAAAGAAUGUUGAGAGACGCAGAAUCAGAGUGGUUGCAGGCACUGCAGCAAGAACUGAGCUCUGCUUUUUUGUGUGGUGGUCAGUACUGUACAUGUCAAAGGUAUGAAUAUUGUCUGUCCUCAUACAGUAAAAACAUGUAACAUCUACCCAAAAUUGCCUGUUGCACUCAUUUGAUAUGUUUUCAUGAAAAUGUUUAAAAAAAAAUCAACAUCUUUGGUAAACCUUGUGGAAUUAUUCAAAAUGGCCAAAAAUACAAUAAUUAUUGGCCGUUAAUAGCGCAGUCCAUCAACAGAUAGUGGGACAGUUAAUAGCAGAGUCCAUCCACCUUCGCAAAGGCGGUCAUGGAGUUUGUUUGACAGAAGGAAGCUAAUCAGUAAGUUUGUGCCAGUCUUCAUAUGCAUAUAUGUGUGUCUUUGUACAUUAAGUGCUUGGAGAAUCUUGUACUUCAGUUGUCUUUCUUCAGCUAGUCCAGUGUAUUGUUUCAACUUCACAAUUUUAGCAGAACACAUAUCAGUCUUUAAUGGCACUGUUUUGUAAUAUGUUGUAUAUGAAUUUCCAUUUAUUGUAAAACAGUCACACAAAUUAAGAAUUUGAUGUGGAUGACUGAUGUGCUUUUUGAAAUCUUUGACAUUUAUUCAUGAAAUACUGAAGCGGUAAGCAUUCUGUUAAACUACAGUGCAUGUCCGAGAUGAAUGAAUAAGUACUAUAAGAUUUCACUAACAUCUUAUGAAAUGAUGCUAGUGUUUUGCGUUAACAUGAAAUUUGGCGGGGGGUGGGGGGAGGGGGGGGUUUGGGGAAGAGAUAUUUAAUGCUGCUAUCAAUCAUUGCUUUAUUGUUAUUAAGUCAAAAAACCUAUUUUCUGUUGGAUGUUAAUAUUUUGAUUUGUAAGACUGGCAAAAUGACUUGGAAAUCUAAAUGUGAAUGUAUAUUUUUGAUAUGAAAACUAAACAUAAAAUUGCCUUUAAAAUUUUUAUUAUUAAUGUCAAGAUAAACUAAUCUCUAAAACCAUAUUAUUUAAAAUAUAUUACAAUACAUCUGUUCAUGUUUGAGUGUCUGUAUUUAAGCCCUGAAAUUUUACUUUACUGACUUUGGAAAAUAAUAUUUAAUGUGAAUUUCCAUCCAUUGGAUAGAAAAUGGAAUAAAUUGUAUGGCUGUAUGUACCAGUGUUUAUUUACAUUAAACU